AUGAAGAGGAAGGAAGAAGGAGUGAAGGAUGAAGAGGAAGGACUGAAGGAUGAAGAGGAAGAAGUGAAGGAUGAAGAGGAAGGACUGAAGGAUGAAGAGGAAGGACUGAAGGAUGAAGAGGAAGGACUAAAGGAUGAAGAGGAAGGACUGAAGGAUGAAGAGGAAGGAAUGAAGGAUGAAGAGGAAGGACUGCAGGAUGAAGAGGAAGGACUGAAGGAUGAAGAGGAAGGACUGAAGGAUGAAGAGGAGGAAGUGAAGGAUGAAGAGGAAGGACUGAAGGAUGAAGAGGAAGGACUGAAGGAUGAAGAGGAAGGACUGAAGAAUGAAGAGGAAGGAGUGAAGGAUGAAGAGGAAGGACUGAAGGAUGAAGAGGAUGGACUGAAGGAUGAAGAGGAAGGACUGAAGGAUGAAGAGGAGGAAGUGAAGGAUGAAGAGGAAGGACUGAAGGAUGAAGAGGAAGGACUGAAGGAUGAAGAGGAAGGAGAGAAUGAUGAAGAGGAAGGAGUGAAGGAUGAAGAGGAAGGACUGAAGGAUGAAGAGGAAGAAGUGAAGGAUGAAGAGGAAGGACUGAAGGAUGAAGAAGAAGUAGAGAAGGAUGAAGAGGAAGGACUGAAGGACGAAGAGGAAGGAGUGAAGGAUGAAGAAGUGAAGGAUGAAGAGGAAGGAGUGAAGGAUGAAGAGGAAGGACUGAAGGAUGAAGAGGAAGGAGUGAAGGAUGAAGAGGAAGGAGUGAAGGAUGAAGAGGAAGGAGUGAAGGAUGAAGAGGAAGGACUGAAGGAUGAAGAGGAAGGACUGAAGGAUGAAGAGGAAGGACUGAAGAAUGAAGAGGAAGGAGUGAAGGAUGAAGAGGAAGGACUGAAGGAUGAAGAGGAUGGACUGAAGGAUGAAGAGGAAGGACUGAAGGAUGAAGAGGAGGAAGUGAAGGAUGAAGAGGAAGGACUGAAGGAUGAAGAGGAAGGACUGAAGGAUGAAGAGGAAGGAGAGAAUGAUGAAGAGGAAGGAGUGAAGGAUGAAGAGGAAGGACUGAAGGAUGAAGAGGAAGAAGUGAAGGAUGAAGAGGAAGGACUGAAGGAUGAAGAAGAAGUAGAGAAGGAUGAAGAGGAAGGACUGAAGGACGAAGAGGAAGGAGUGAAGGAUGAAGAAGUGAAGGAUGAAGAGGAAGGAGUGAAGGAUGAAGAGGAAGGACUGAAGGAUGAAGAGGAAGGAGUGAAGGAUGAAGAGGAAGGAGUGAAGGAUGAAGAGGAAGGAGUGAAGGAUGAAGAGGAAGGACUGAAGGAUGAAGAGGAAGGACUGAAGGAUGAAGAGGAAGGACUGAAGAAUGAAGAGGAAGGAGUGAAGGAUGAAGAGGAAGGACUGAAGGAUGAAGAGGAUGGACUGAAGGAUGAAGAGGAAGGACUGAAGGAUGAAGAGGAGGAAGUGAAGGAUGAAGAGGAAGGACUGAAGGAUGAAGAGGAAGGACUGAAGGAUGAAGAGGAAGGAGAGAAUGAUGAAGAGGAAGGAGUGAAGGAUGAAGAGGAAGGACUGAAGGAUGAAGAGGAAGAAGUGAAGGAUGAAGAGGAAGGACUGAAGGAUGAAGAAGAAGUAGAGAAGGAUGAAGAGGAAGGACUGAAGGACGAAGAGGAAGGAGUGAAGGAUGAAGAAGUGAAGGAUGAAGACGAAGGAGUGAAGGAUGAAGAGGAAGGACUGAAGGAUGAAGAGGAAGGAGUGAAGGAUGAAGAGGAAGGAGUGAAGGAUGAAGAGGAAGGAGAUGAAGAGGAGGAAGGACUGAAGGAUGAAGAGGAAAGACUGAAGGAUGAAGAGGAAGGACUGAAGGAUGAAGAGGAAGGAGUGAAGGAUGAAGAGGAAGGAGUGAAGGAUGAAGAGGAGGAAGUGAAGGAUGAAGAGGAAGGACUGAAGGAUGAAGAGGAAGGAGAGAAUGAUGAAGAGGAAGGAGUGAAGGAGGAAGAGGAAGGACUGAAGGAUGAAGAGGAAGAAGUGAAGGAUGAAGAGGAAGGACUGAAGGAUGAAGAAGAAGUAGAGAAGGAUGAAGAGGAAGGACUGAAGGACGAAGAGGAAGGAGUGAAGGAUGAAGAAGUGAAGGAUGAAGAGGAAGGAGUGAAGGAUGAAGAGGAAGGACUGAAGGAUGAAGAGGAACGAGUGAAGGAUGAAGAGGAAGGAGUGAAGGAUGAAGAGGAAGGAGUGAAGGAUGAAGAGGAAGGACUGAAGGAUGAAGAGGAAGGACUGAAGGAUGAAGAGAAGGAAGAAGGAGUGAAGGAUGAAGAGGAGGAAGGAGUGAAGGAUGAAGAGGAAGGAGUGAAGGAUGAAGAGGAAGGACUGAAGGAUGAAGAGGAAGGACUGAAGGAUGAAGAGGAAGAAGUGAAGGAUGAAGAGGAAGGAGUGAAGGAUGAAGAGGAAGGAGUGAAGGAUGAAGAGGAAGGACUGAAGGAUGAAGAGGAAGGACUGAAGGAUGAAGAGGAAGAAGUGAAGGAUGAAGAGGAGGAAUGCACAUUAAUCCUGGAGCAGCUCAGUGUCCGGUGUCUGCAGUGA